UGCGCGAUUUCUUCAGCGUUGCGAGAUCGAGAAAGUAAACAUGUUCCGAGCGAGGCGACUUGGAAGUUAGUCAGUUGAGUUGAAAAUAUCAACAAACAUCUUCUAAUGUUGAUGUGUCAUAUUAUGUCUCUGACGUCACUUCCUGUAGCGCCCGCUGCCUUUUUGCACAUUCGCUAGUCGGCUAACUGCUUAGCGGUUAGCUCGCGAGCUAGCUAGCUAGCCGUCGCCGGGCGUGUUGUUGUUUUCGUGUUAAAGUGGACUUUCGUUCGGGGAAGACACAUGAGCGUGUCUUUGGUCGUCAUCCGUCUGGAAAUAGCCGAGCAGUCUCCAUCCCCGCGAGGCUUCCAGUACUCCGCUGAGGGCAUGUCGGAGGAGCAGCUGCAGGAGCAAUGUUUGAGUCUGGCCAGACUGGCUCUGAACGGAAAGACUGAGCUGGAGAGAAGUGCGGUGUUGCACCAACACAUGGGGAGCAGAGCCAUGGGCGACAUGGUCAUCGAGACCUUUGAACCCAGCCCAGACAAAGGCGGGGGUGGAAACCCGGGAGGUUCUACCAAGCACAAAAGGAGCGAUGCUGACGCUGAGGCCAGCGCAGCCAUGGCCCCCGAGUCUCCGUCCAAACAGCUGCCAGAUCAGAUCUCCUUCUUCAGCGGGAACCCGUCCGUGGAGGUCGUCCACGGAAUCAUGCAUCUCUACAAGACCAACAAGAUGACGUCGCUGACGGAGGACGUUCAUCGGAGCGCCAUGGUGUGCAUUCUGACCGUGCCGGCCACCAUGACCAGCCACGACCUCAUGAAGCUCAUGGCGCCGUUCAACGACGUCAUGGAGCACAUGAAGAUCAUCCGAGACUCCACCCCCAACCAGUACAUGGUGCUCAUCAAGUUCAGCACGCAGGCGGACGCCGACAGCUUCUACACCACGUGUAACGGCCGCCAGUUCAACUCCAUCGAGGAGGCGGUGUGUCAGCUGGUGUACGUGGAGCGAGCCGAGGUCAUCAAGUCUGACGAGGGCGCCAGCUUGCCAGUGAUGGAGCUGACGGAGCUUCCCAAGUGCACCGUGUGCCUGGAGAGGAUGGACGAGUCGGUCAACGGCGUGCUGACCACGCUGUGCAACCACAGCUUCCACAGCCAGUGUCUGCAGCGCUGGGAGGACGCCUCGUGUCCCGUGUGCCGCUACUGUCAAACUCCAGAGCCCGUGGAGGAGAACAAGUGCUUUGAGUGUGGCGUGCAGGAGAACCUUUGGAUCUGUUUGAUCUGCGGCCACAUCGGCUGCGGGCGCUACGUGAGCCGCCACGCCUACAAACACUUUGAGGAGACGCAGCACACCUACGCCAUGCAGCUCACCAACCACCGCGUGUGGGACUACGCCGGAGACAAUUACGUGCACCGGCUGGUGGCCAGCAAGACGGACGGCAAGAUGGUGCAGUACGAGUGCGAGGGCGACACCUGCCAGGCAGAGAAGAUCGACUCCCUCCAGCUGGAGUACUCCUACCUGCUGACCAGCCAGCUGGAGUCACAGCGCAUCUACUGGGAGAACAAGAUAGUCCACCUGGAGAAGGAGACGGCCGAGGAGAUCAGCAACAUGAAGGCCAAAUUCAAGGAGACCCUGGAGCGCUGUGACAACCUGGAACGCAGAUUUGGAGAGAUCAGCAAAGACAAGCAGAGCUUGGAUAAAAAGUGCACGCAGCUCAACAGUCGAGUGGCGAAGCUCAGCCAGGAGCUGAAGGAGGAACAGGAAAUGAACCGCUGCCUGAGAGCCAAUCAGGUGCAGUUUCAGACCCGACUAGCCGAAGAGGAGCGCAAAGCCAAAGAAAACGGAGAGCACAAGGAGCAGACCAUCAGCGAGCUGCAGGAGCAGCUGCGUGACGUCAUGUUCUACUUGGAGACGCAGCAGCACAUCCAGCACCUUCCGCCUGAAGCCCGCAGCGAGAUCCAGGAAGGUCAAAUCAACAUCGCUGCCGUCGAACCCGCGGACGCCGCCGCCGCCGACGGCGCAGCCGCCUCCGUCAGAGGUAGGAGGGGGCGGGGCAGGAAGAGGAAGUAGGCGUCGGAGGGAGAGACUUGAUAAGCACGCCCAGGAUUGUAACGUCUGUUGGUGUAAAUAAAUUAUUUGUCACAACUCA